AUGUCCAACACCAAGUUUGGCCUCUUUGACGUAGAGAAGUCUUCUAGCUAUGGUGUUUCAGAUGAUAUCCAUGAGGCCAACGCGUUGGAACGUUUGAGCGAUGAUGUCCCUCGCUCAAAGUUUGCCAAACUCUGGGCCAUUGUUGAAUUUUUAGACAAGUACGGGGUCGAAGCGCAUGGUAUUGAACGUGUUCCUCCAGACCAGCGUACCCAGACAUCCCCUCUGGCUCCAUUCUGGAUGUGGCUGGCUGCUAACAUGACGAUAUCGACCUUUUCCAUUGGAUGCUUAGGAAACUCGAUAUUCUAUCUAGGACUUAAAGAUGCUGCUCUGACAAUCAUCUUCUUCAACCUUUUUUGCACCCUUCCCGUGGCUUACUUUUCCACUUGGGGUGCCAAGCUCGGUCUCCGUCAACUUACGCUUUCUAAAUUUUCUUUCGGGUACUUUACAUCGCAAUUCCCCAUCAUUCUCAACUGUAUAGCAUGUGUGGGCUGGUCUGUGGUCAACUCUAUCGUUGGUGCACAAACCCUUCGUGCUGUAAGCACUAGGCAUCAAAUUCCGACCGCCGCUGCAAUCAUUGUGAUCGCUAUCGGAACGAUCAUGGUAUCCUUCAUGGGAUAUCGUGUGGUGCAUUUGUAUGAGAAGUACGCUUGGGUUCCUGUUGCUAUCAUUUUCGUUAUAUACUCAGGUCAAAUUACCCGGUUUACUGAAAGCGAUUUCGGUGGCUCGGGAACGGUCGAAGCUGGAGAUAUCAUUUCUUUUGGCGCCACAGUUGCCGGAUUUGCGCUUGGUUGGACAAGCUUGGCCGCAGAUUACACUGUUCGCAUGCCUGAAGACAUGUCCUCCGUCAAGAUUUUCUUCUGGACAUACCUCGGUCUUAAUCUACCACUCAUCCUUGUGGAAACCCUUGGAGCUGCGGCAAUGACUACCUUCAAUCAGAAGACAACUUGGGCCGAUGCGUAUGCCGAAAACUCAGUAGGCGGUUUGCUCGGUGCUGGUCUGGCUGGACCAAUGGGCGGAUUCGGUUCAUUUCUUCUGGUAAUCAUGGCAUUGAGUAUCAUCGCGAACAAUAUCCCAAACAUGUACUCUCUGGCCUUGACUUUCCAGAAUAUUCAUCCCUACGCCCAAGCCAUACCGCGAAUCUUCAUCGUCAUCAUUGGCAGUGUCGUCUACAUUGUUCUGGCGAUCGCCGGUGCAAGCCAUUUUGAAGAAUGGCUUGAAACCAUGCUCAAUAUCUUGGCUUAUUGGCUCGCCAUCUUCUCCACCAUCCUCAUCGAAGAGCAUCUCAUCUUCCGUCAUGGGAAAUGGACCAACUAUAAUCCCGAGGACUUCAGUGACUGGCGUAAGCUUCCUUUGGGUGUUGCGAGCUUCGUUGCGUUGGCUUGCGGGGUUGCAGGCGCAGUACUCGGGAUGGCACAGACGUGGUAUAUUGGUGUUAUCGGAGGAAUGAUCGGAGAUCCUGAGUUUGGGGGUGAUAUUGGUUUUGAGCUAGCUUUUGCUUUUUCUUCCAUCAUCUAUCCUCCUUUACGCUGGAUUGAAAAGAAGUAUUGGGGAUACUAA